ACGAGGAGCGCGUCCGGACCGAGAGCUGCGCCCAUGGAGCGCCGGCAGGCGGACCGAGCGGCGGCGGCGCGGUGGAGCGCGCGCGCGCUCGCGCUCGGCGCCGCGUGCCUGCUGCUGCUGGCGGGGAUGCACGAGAGCGCCGCGAUGCCCACCUGGACCCCCGAGGAAGAAGCGCACCCCACCGGCGUCUUGGUGAUCGGGAUUGGUAAGAUACUGCACUCCCGGGUGCUCAAGCUGUCCCGGAACAAGCGCUACACGCUGACGCCGGAGAAGCUGAAGUGGGACAAGUUCAAGCUCACCUACAAGCUGCUGUCAUUCCCCAGGAACCUGAUGAACGUGAGCGACACGCGCCGAGCCUUCUCCAAGGCCUUCCGCAUGUGGAGCGACGUGUCUCCCUUCACCUUCCGGGAGGUGCCUGCCCACGAGGAGGCCGACAUCAAAAUAGGGUUCUACCCCAUCAAUCACACCGACUGCCUACAGUCCUACUUGCAUCACUGUUUCGAUGGAAUCACUGGAGAGCUGGCCCACGCUUUCUUUCCCCCGCAUGGCGAGAUCCACUUUGACGACGACGAGUACUGGAUUCUGGGAAACAUGCGCUUCAGCUGGAAGAAGGGCGUGUGGCUCACGGACCUGGUCCACGUGGCGGCCCACGAGAUCGGCCACGUCCUGGGCCUGAUGCACUCGCAGAACCCCGAGGCCAUCAUGCACGUGAACGCCACGCUGACGGGACGCAAGCUUAUCACGCAGGACGAGUUGUGGGGCCUGCACAGACUCUACGGAUGUUUGGACAGACUGUUUAUCUGCUCCUCCUGGGCCCGGAAAGGCUACUGCGACAGCCAGCGGAAGCUCAUGCAGAAGCACUGCCCGUCCAGCUGCGAUUUCUGCUACGAGUUCCCUUUCCCAACGGUGGCCCCAACGCCCAUCCCCCGCAGGACCAAACACAAGCUAGUAGCCGAGGGCCGGAAGCUCACCUUCCACUGCGGGAAGAAGAUUGCUGCAAAGAAGGGUAGAGUUUACUGGUACAAAGACGGCGAGCUCCUGGAAUUCUCGCACCCGGGGUACAUCUCCCUCAGGAACGACCACAUCAGCGUCGUGGCCAAUGCCAUCAACGAAGGCCUCUACACGUGUGUGGUGAGGAAGAACAAGAAGGUGCUGACCAACUAUUCCUGGAGGGUACGGGUACGAUUCUGAUGCCCCUGGUGCCGAAAGGCCACCGAGCGCACAGACAGGCACGCGGAGACCCCUGGGCCCUUAGGUCAGAGGGCAGCCUCACUCAGCUGCGCACAUAUUCGAGAACCAAAUCUGAACCACCGUUUAAGUUCCCAAGUCAACCUGUGUGCUCUUUUUUUAAAGGCAUUUUAAUAAAUAAAAACUUUCCAGCUGUCCGACUUCAGUCAGUCAUAAAUGUUGUCUCUGUGGUGACGGCUUGAAAAGCAGCAUUUUUGCCUUUUCUAGUCAGGAUUUAUUAAAAGUAGAUUGAUUCCAAAAGACUGACUUUUCCUGAGUGCAAAAACAGGACUAAUCAAUUUUCAAAAUCUAUUUGGAAGAGGGGAAAAUCAUUGUAACAUUAAUGUUAAGCAAUGCAAUGCAAGAGAACUACUACAAAAAAAAAAAAAGCUUCAAGUUGUCAUUCCUCACUAAAACAGAACUGUGAUCAACAAAAAAAAUCAGACAUGUAUUUUAAAACACUGUCAUCUGAAAUGACACAGAAGCAUUUUGAAGCCUAAACAUUACAGACUGAAGCUAUUUACUUGGAAAAGUGCCUGGAAAAUGUUGGCUUAUGUUUAGAGGCCUUUUGCUUCUUAAUGGAUAUAAAAAAAUAAAAAAAAAACAAAAAACAAAACUGAUGCCCCAUAACUUGUAUGCAUCCUCAGACGCCAGUUCAGACAUUGCUAAUUCAAAGUUAAAACUGGCAGACAAGGAUAGUUUAAUAUAAGCAGCAAACCAGCUAAAGGACCUUGUUUAUCCCAGUGUUCC